UCCUCUCCUCAUCAUUACCAACGCAUUCUCUCUUCUCCUCUCUCAUAUUAACAUUUCAUCGAACAUCUUCCGAUCACUGCAACUCUAAUGGAAAUCUCAUCAUUUCUACACCUCGACGACUACGCUUUCGCCACAGAUUCGGAUCCUAGCUUCAUCUCCUUCUCCAACGCCAAGAAGCGCCCCAGAUUCGACAACGAUUCGUCGCUCGAAGACGUGCUAACCAAUCUGCUCGCGUUCGACGCCGCCGUCGUCCAAGAUAAACCCUCGGAAAACGCCUAUUUCUCAUCAGCCCCACCGCAGCAUACCUCAUUCAUGAUGAAUUCCACUUCCAAUUACAACCAAUCAACAACCCCCAAUUCCUCCCCCUCCAGAGCCUCCCCACAGCCCAAGCGCCCCCGCGCCGAAUCCAGCCCCAUCUCCGACGAUUCGAGCGUCGCCGGCGCCGGCGGCCGCCGCCUCUGGGUGAAGAGCCGGUCGAAGGCGUGGUGGGAGCAGGUGGACAGCCCUAAUUACCCCGAGGAAGAGUUCAAAAAGGAUUUCCGAAUGAGCAAAGCCACCUUCGACAUGAUCUGCGACGAGCUCGAGCCCGCCGUGAACAAAAAGGACACAAUGCUCCGCUCCGCCAUCCCCGUCCGCCAGCGCGUCGCCGUCUGCAUCUGGCGCCUGGCCACCGGCGAGGCCCUCCGCGAGGUGUCGAAGCGGUUCGGCCUCGGCAUCUCCACCUGCCACAAAUUAGUCCUCGAGGUCUGCACCGCCAUCCGAACCGUCCUCAUGCCCAAAUUCAUCCAAUGGCCCGACGAGAAGAGACUCCACCAAAUCAAAACCGAAUUCGAGCUCUUCUCCGGCAUCCCCAACAUCGGCGGCUCCAUCUACACCACCCACAUUCCCAUCAUCGCCCCCAAAGAAAGAGCCGCCGCCUACUUCAACAAGCGCCACACCGAGCGCAACCAGAAAACAUCCUAUUCCGUCACGGUUCAAGGCGUUGUCGAUCAGAAGGGCGUCCUCACCGACAUCUCCAUCGGGUAUCCCGGCUCAAUGAGCGACGAUCAGGUCCUCGAGAAGUCGUCCCUCUCGCAGCGCGCGAGCAGGGGAGCUCUGAAGAACACGUGGAUCGCGGGGAAUAACAGCUUGCCAUUGACGGAGUGGGUGCUGGUGCCGUAUAGCCACCAGAACCUGACGUGGGCGCAGCACGCGUACAACGAGAAGAUGGGGGAGGUGCAGCGGGUGGCGAGCGAGUCGUUCAUGCGGCUCAAGGGGAGGUGGAGCUGCCUAAGGAAGAGGACGGAGAUGAAGCUGCAGGAUCUGCCGGUUGUGCUGGGAGCUUGCUGCGUUUUGCAUAACAUUUGCGAGAUGAGGGGCGAGGGCUUGAGUCCGGAGCUCAAGUUCGAGCUGUUUGACGAUGAGAUGGCGAUCGAGAAUGGCGUGAGGUCCGUCAAUGCGUUGCACACAAGAGAUCAGAUUGCGCACAAGCUCUUGCAUCAUGAGGCUGCUGCAACUGCUUUCCUCUUGUAGUUGUUAAACACUACUAGGGAAUUAAGUUUUUUAUUUAUUUAUUAUUAUUGUACAUUCAAUUGAGCAAUUGUCAAUCAAUACACAAACACUAAAUUUACUGAUUUA